AUGAAUUAUGAUCCAUACUCCACACAGACAUCAAAUUUUGUUGACCUUCUCAACAGUCAACAAGACGUUGAGUUUGGUUUAGGGGAAGAUAGUGUCCCUGCUUCUUCAUCACAGGUUCCUCACUUUGGUGAGAUUCCUGUUGAGCGUAAAGAAAGAAAAACCUGGACGCCUAUAGACGAUCAAGUGCUCAUAUCCUCUUGGUUAAACACAAGUAAAGAUCCGGUGGUAGGGAACGAGCAACGAUCCGGAGCUUUUUGGCAGAGAAUUGCCGCGUACUUCGCAGCAUCACCAAAGAUUGCAGUCAGUGAAAGAAGGGAGGCCGGUCACUGCAAGCAACGUUGGCACAAGAUCAAUGAUCUUGUUGGGAAGUUCUGUGGCGCGUUCGAAGCUGCAAGAAGAGAGAGAACCAGCGGGCAAAACGAUAACGACGUUCUCAAGCUAGCGCAUGAGAUCUUCUUCAACAACCACAAGAAGAAGUUCACUCUAGAACAUGCGUGGACAGAGCUUCGAAACGAUCAGAAAUGGUGUGAUCUGUCAACUGCUAAAACGGAGAGUGCCUCUAAAAGGAGGAAGCUCGACGACAGCGCACAAUCAACUAACUCUCACGCCUCUGAAUCCAUGACUGAUCGUCCCCCGGGUGUUAAGUCAGCUAAGGCCAAUGGUAAGAAGGGAAAGGCAGAGGAAAGGCUGUCUGAGUAUACGGGUAUGUGGAGCAUCAGGCAGGAGGAUAUGGCUAACAAGAAGGAGCUGACGAAAAUGAAGCUCCUUGAUAAGCUAAUUGCAAAAGUUGAGCCGCUUGAUGAGUCUGACGAAAUCUUGAAAAAGAAACUCAUCAAGGAGUUGUUUAAUUAG